AGGAAGAACUACCAAGUGUAACAGGUAACAGCAGCGCUUUCCACCCUCCGUGCGUACUGCACUAGUAGUAGGAGUAGUGUGGUAGAGCGUGAUUGCGAACACACCUCGUGCUCUCACCGGCGGGGCUGAUGUCUGACUCUAUUAGUUAGACACACUCAGUUCUCUGCUGUCCUUCUCAUUCCCCCGUAAAAAACGAAUGCAAGACAGAGUCGAGGAGCUGUCCACUUCAGCACCGCGAGCGGGACCAUCCACACAUACCCAGACUGAGCCUCUUGAGGAUGAUGAAGAUGAAGAAGAAGAUGAUGAUGAUGCUGAGUGCAUGCGGACUGCAGUAACACACCAGCAGCAGACCCGCAUUCCUCCAUCCACACAGCCACCUGAACCUCCGGUGCAAUGGUCCAUGCCAUCUCCAUCUGUAAUAGCUGGUCUGCCAGGAGAAUGUAUCUGAACAGCAUCUCCAUGAACUAAAAGUACACUCGCAGACAAGUCACAGGAAUUCACAAACCGACCAGUACGGAAAAAAGUAUCCCCGUCUCUUCUUUAGUCUUCAUCACAGUGUCUCUCUUUGUGUUGUACUGUUAUGACGCCAUGUCUCAAACUGGGAAAGUUCUUCAUUUGUAUGUGGAGGUAAGAUCCCCACCAGAGCAUGAUGGGAAAGGUAGUUCCUGUGAGACGACAGUGGAGCAAGAUGGUCCAAUUGAAGCUUUGACCAAAUUAGCACAGGCAGCAUCUGGGUUUCCCACACCUCCCUGCAGCACAUUCAGGCCAAAUGUUAGCUUUAGACUGCAGUCUUCACACAAUUCUCUGGAUUCCCCUCACAGACACAGCAUUCCCCAGCAGGAACCAUUCCAAGAAGUGUCCUCUGGCCUCAAUAACAACAUUGACAGUAAACAAUUAAAACAUGCCCAGUCGUCAAACUCUGGACGGACAUCAGGUCCUGAGACACCUUGUCGAGCAUGCAGCCAUCACAAGAACUCUAAACCAAUGCAUGGACAGAGGUCCGUGGUCACCUUCAGCUACAUUGAGAAGGCUCAUGUCAAAACCAUAGAGAGUCCGUGCAAUAGUCCCGGUGGAAUAAAGGAGGUAGCGGCUUGUCCACAUAAGAGGUGUAGUGAACAAGUGUGGUCGCAACCUGCGGAAUCUACCUGCAAUAAUAGUCCAUUUCACCAGCACACGGGUUCUACUUUGGAUCCUAUCGGUCAAGCUGCAACACAGCGAGCCCUUAAGGAAUUUGGGUCUCCCCAAUUGAGGUGUAAGUUUUCUCAUUGCUCAGACUGGAGUCCAGAGUUUCAUCAGCGCUAUAGAGAAAGAUGCCAGUCUUGGGCAGGCCCACCAGUGCCAAACUGCAGUGCCUACAGCCAUGAUCCUGACCAAGGCAGGGUAGGAGCUGCGUGUGGUGUCCCCAAAAGCCCAGCAUCAGAUGCUUUCUCAUCCCACAACAACCAGCAGAAAUCCACCUCCAGGUCCCAAGGAUGCCCCAAGCAGAAACUCAGUUCAAAGCAAGACUGCUCCGCUGCAGUCGGUCAAACUUGGGGAAGCCUGGGUGAAGACAGGACUCUGACAGGGCAAAGGACCAGCCUCACAAACACACCCACUCAAGGUCUGAACCAGCUGAGUGGAAGCAAUAACUCCUCAGCUCUGAACAGUCCUGAGAUAGCCCGCAAGAUUGCAGAAGAGGCCACGAAGGUGUCAACAAUUUUCAACGAGGUCCGAAGUUCUCCUCCUCCCGUUGUUUUCGGGGGUUCAUCUAAUCUAAGCAGCACAAACUAUGGGUAUCCUUCUAGAGAAAUCCAGCACGAGUCCUUACAGCAGAGUCCAGUGCAUCAUUCGGCUGUCAAGAUGAACAUCCCUGUGCAUGAAGACCAUUCUACGACAAACGGGGUUCCUCGGCACCUGCAUGAAGCACCAGCUACUAAGAGCUUGGAUUUAAGAGAUGACCUGGCCAAUCACUCAUUCUGCUCUGUCCCAGUGGGAGGAGACCCUGAUUCUCCAGCCCUCCCAUCUCGUCUUCUUCGUCCAAGUCUGUCCAAAGCAGACACGUGUUCUCCACUCCGAGAUCCUCGUCAGCUUAGAGCUGACCUGCCAGUCUCUGACAGCCCCACUUUACACCGUCACAAGCCUCCACAGUACACUGGAGAGGAGUGGACAUCUGGGGAACCCUGGUUCCUGGACGAGGAGGACUGGGAUGACCAUGUCGUCGCAGAAAGCGUGGAGAUCUCCAGGCGGUUGUUUAUCGGUCAAAGUGUGGAUGAUUCUCCGGUCAGUUGGACAUCUAGACAGCAGUGGAAAGAGCAGGCAAAGAAAGAGGAAGGGAAGUUCAGUUUGUCAGAAAAACUCAAAGGUAAUCUCAAGAGCAGCAUUCCAGUGUACAGAAAAAGCGAUAGGGUUGAGAUCAUAGGACGAGGAGAGGAGAUUGUGUGCAAUUCGGUAUGUGGAGCAAACCGCAGCCCUGGGGAAAGUGUAGAGGAUAUGACCAGGCUAACACUGCAACAGAGACAGGCAGAAUGGAGGAGAAGACAGGCUUUGCUUCUAGGGCCAGUGGUAUUAGAAGAGGGGGACAGAGGAGAGGACGAACAGGGGUUUGGAGAUCACCAGGGUUUGGUUGGGUCGUCCCCGAGCUCUAGUGGAGUAACGGGAAGCCUAGGAGACAGAGAUUGCAUCUCACCUGAGUCCAGCCAGAACAGCAACCAAUCAGAUCACCCAUCAUCAGGGAUACAGUCUGAUGGCGGUUCUUUAGUGCCAGGUCCAUCUCUGCACUGUCAGAAAAUUGCUCGUGCCAAGUGGGAGUUUCUGUUUGGCACUCCAGCAGAAAACACUGCCAGCAAAAAAGAGAAGCAUGUUCCAGAACCCUCCACAGCUCCACCAAGUGGCCACUCUACCCCAAUACCACCCUCAUACCUGCCAUUGGAGGAGCUUGCUCUAAGAGCUAAUCAUGAUGUCCAACACGUGGAGGUGGAGCUAGUGACUCCGCCCCCUGCAGCCCCAGGCACCUCCCCCAAAACGGGCAUAAUUCGGCGAACUUUGAAAUACUCUGAGACCGAUUUGGAUGCCGUUCCUUUACGAUGUUACCGGGAGACAGACAUGGACGAGGUGCUGUUAGCAGAGCAAGAGGAUGCUGAUUCAGCGUUUGGAAGUAACCGAAGUGUCAUGGGAACUUCUUGUGCUGGGAGCAGCCCGCUAGGUGAGAUGCCGAAUGAAAGAACAGAUGGACAGGAGGAUGGGGAGGAGGAGGAGGAGGAGGAGGAGGAGGAAGAGGAGGAUGUUGCGAGCUGGGUCACUGUCAGGAUGCAGGGCGAUGUGAGGAGGCUGUUGGCUGAUCAGCGAGAUGAGGAAGAGGAGUUUUACAGCAUGAUGCUAAAGAGGCCUCAAGAUCAUUUCAGUAACAACCACCCAGCUCUAAAAUCUCCCAUCCUGGUCCGUGGUCCUCGCAGAAGGUCCGGAGACAGUUUGGACACAUUCAGCCGACAUUUUGAGAACAUCAUGGAGUCACACCGUGCCAAGGGCACCUCAUACAGCAGUCUGGACAGUCUCGACCCUCUGACCUCUAGCACUCAAACUGUCCUGACCUUUGACCUCCCCACACUGACUCCACAGGUGCAGGGUCAGAUCUACCAGAGUGCCCGGCAAAUUGUGGAGCUCAGUUUCGCACCAUUGGCACACGUAGAGAUGCCCAGCCUCUCAGAGUCAGCGCUGACGAUAACAGGAGAUACGGAUGCCACACGGGCGCCAUCCAGCGAACGCCUCAGCAGCGGGUCAGACGACCGCAACGGACCGAGCUGGCAGAGCAACCCACCUCUUUCACUGCCCAGAGAGAAAUCUCCUCGCUUUGCUGUGGACCCAGAUUUGGAUCAGGAGCUGAGCGAGCGUUUGGGUUUGGGCAGUAAUGACACUCUCAGUAACGGUAACCGUGCUGAUCUGGACUCUGCCAAACGUCUGGCGAAGCGUCUCUUCAACCUCGACGGCUUCAGGAAGUGCGACAUUGCACGACAUUUGAGUAAAAACAAUGACUUCAGUCGCCUGGUGGCAGAGGAAUAUCUGCGCUACUUCAAUUUUACUGAAAUGACUUUGGACCAAGCACUAAGGGCAUUUCUGCUAGAGUUUGCUCUGACAGGUGAGACGCAGGAGAGAGAGCGGAUCUUAGCACACUUUUCCCGUCGAUAUGUGCAGUGCAAUUCAUCUCUCACGCUAUCUGAAGACAGUGUCCACACGCUGACCUGUGCUCUUAUGCUGCUCAACACAGACCUGCACGGCCACAACAUUGGAAAGCGAAUGUCCUGCACUCAGUUCAUCGGGAAUCUGGAAGGACUAAACAGCGGCCAUGAUUUUCCUAAAGAACUCCUUAAGGCCCUGUACAACUCUAUUAAAAAUGAAAAGCUGCAGUGGACAAUCGAUGAAGAAGAGUUGCGUAAGUCGUUUUCGGAGCUGGGCGAGCAGCGAGGAGAGUCCAACUCCAGAGGAGUGAAGCAGACGGCCAGCGGCUUCGUUCCUUCGUCCGGAGCGCUGCUCUACAAAACCGGUUUCCUGGUGAGGAAGGUCCACGCAGACUGUGACGGGAAGAGAACACCUCGUGGAAAAAGAGGAUGGAAAACAUUUUAUGCUGUUCUUAAGGGACUCAUCCUUUACCUGCAGAAAGGCGAGUAUCGGCCGGAUAAACAGUUAUCGGAUGAGGAUUUGAAGAAUGCAGUGUCUAUUCAUCAUUCCCUGGCCAUCAGAGCCACAGACUACAGCAAACGGCCAAACGUGUUUUACCUCCGGACCGCUGACUGGAGAGUCUACCUCUUUCAUGCCCCGAAUGCUGAACAAAUGCAGUCUUGGAUCACACGCAUCAACACAGUGGCGGCCAUGUUUUCAGCCCCGCCCCUCCCUGCUGCCAUUGGCUCACAGAAGAAAUUCAGUCGACCGCUGCUGCCAGGCUCCGCCUCCAAGUUGACACAGGAGGAGCAAGUACAGGCUCAUGAAACUCGAUUUCGCUCCAUCUCCACUGAGCUCGCACAACUGCGCUCUUAUCCGCCUGACAGAAAAGUGAAAGGUCGUGAACUUGAGGAGUACCGACUGAGAGAGGAGUAUCUAGAGUUUGAGAAAACGCGCUAUGAGACGUACAGCAUGCUCCUGCGGGCGAAGCAGCGCUGCGACGACGAUGACCUGUCAGUGUUUGAGGUCAUGCUCCUGGAGGAAGGUGCGCUACAGAGAGCUCAGUCCAGCCCCACGCUUCAGGACAGCAGUAUGACCUGCAGCACCAGAGACGGCGCGAGCCAAAGCACCGCCGCCGGCACACAAGAACCGUCUGGAAACGGCAACAACGGCUGCUCCCGCGGUCAGGGCCAGAGACACAGCUACCGGCAGGCCGUCCGCAAGUGAAGCCGCCACCAACACCCACAGGAAGCUCGCUGUACUGGAGAGGAAGUGAGGUCUCUCUCUUUCCUGUGUGUGCCCUCCUGCUCUGUGUGCCAUCAGGAAGGGGUGUUGAUUCCGACUGAAUCUGACUCUGUGAUUGGCUGAUGGCUGGGUGAUGUCACAACACAAGGUGCUAUGGGAUCUGGACGGGAGAACGUGACUGGGAUUUGGAGGAACGUAAAUAUGAAACGCAUAACCUUCCUUUGCCUUCUAGUUCUCGGUUUCUUCUGCGACUUCUCGCCCGAAGCCAUUUCAUCGCACACUACCAAGUCAAAUCUGGGCCUAAACGUCUUUGAACCUUUAAGAUAUGAUUGUGUUGGAAAGUCUUUAGUUUUUGCAUUUCUAGAAAUAACUCAUUGUUUACAAUGCAUAUUAAAAUUCACCAGUUCUGCUCAAAAUGGUCAGAAGUACGAACGCUUGAUAAAGCGACGUCUAGGACCUGUGUGUUUUGCACGGUGAAACACAAUGCUUGUUGUGUGUCAUAAGGGCGUCUCACUUUGUGUGGUGUUUAGGAGCGGUAGACAAGCAGAAAACUGACUAGCCCGUAUGCAACUAGUUAUUUCUUCAUGUUGUUCUCCAGCAUUAGAGAUCUGUACUUGUACAAUAAUGCACAGGGACAUCAUAAUCACUAAAUACACCAUCCAUUUGCUCCGCAAAACCCCGUUUUGCCCUAAAACGUCUUUUGCACUGAACACUUAAGUAUUAUUACACUGCAAAACUCAUUUUCUCAAUCAGUAUUUUGUCUUUUUUCUGAGGGAAAGAAACAAAAAAAACAAAAACCAAUUUAAACAUCCUUAAAAUGAGAGUUCUGUGUAUUGAAUUUUUUUUCUUGCCUGAUUUACAGAUUGUAUUUUUUCCCUAGUGUUUAAGUACAAACCUCACCAAAUUUUGUUAUGCUUAAAAUAUAGGAAAAAACAUUUGCGAGUAAAUUGAAUUCAAGAUAUAUUCUCUGAAAACAAGUUUCAGGAUGCAAAAGUGCAUUUUAAGAAUGUUGAUACUUUUGUUGAAAAUUAAAACAUCAGUUUAGUUGAAAAACAGUUUUUGUAUAUUGUUUAGUAUUAAGUUUUUCUCACAUCCUUAAAAUAGUUUCUCAUUUUUAAGCAGAAAUCUCAACAAAUUUUGUUCUCAAUAUUAUCAUCAAUAAUAUCAUAUUAUGUCUUGAAUUAAGUUUUUCUCACCCAAUUGAAAAUAUUUUUCUAGUUUUUUUUUAAGCACAGACCUCUCUCAAUUUUGUUAGAUUUCUGCUUAAAACAAGAAAAACUAUUUGCAAGUGUUGAAAUAAACUUAAGAUAUAUUCUCUGAAAACGAGUUCUAAUGUGUGAAAGUACAUGUUUAAAUAUUUUUCAUGAAAAUCAAAAUGAGGAGAAUUUUGUAAUCAAUCUUGAUUUAAGUUCAUUAGCAUUUGUUUCAAGUUUUUAAGCAGAAACCUCACUAAGUAGCUAGAUUUUUGCUUAAAACAGGAAAAAAAUAUGUGAAUAAGUUAAGAAAAAUGCUUUUAAUUCAAGAUAUAUUCUCUGAAAACAAGUCCCAAUUGUAUUUUUUCCCCCAUAGUUUUUAGGCAGAAACCUCACUAAAUUGUUAGAUUUAUGCCUAAAACGGGGGGGAAAAAAUCAGUUUGCAAAAUUCAAGAUGUUUUCUCUGAAAGCAGAAUAUGCAAAAGUACAUUUUAAGGAUGCGUAUGUAUUUUAGUGAACGAAACGAGACGAAAAAACCCAGUAUGAGAAAAUGAUUUCUGCAGUGAAGCGAACGGAGACGCGUAUCUUUGUCUGUAUAGUUCAUUUCUUGAAUAUGCUCUAUUUUAGCUUCUCGUCCUUGUCUUUCUGCAUUAUUCUCUUGGCUGAAUGUUGUCUGCUGUGUACAGCAUGGCUGACUAGUGACAAUCUAUCGUGUUUGUUCGGUUCAACAGAAGCUGAAGUCGGUGGGAGGCUCGCAGUGUGUAGUUCAUGAGUCAAACGGACCUGUUACCCACGCAGCGCACUGAAUGUCAUCUUUUUCCUGUUAAACGCAGUUAGUCAGUGUUUAAGACGCACUUCCCCUUAUUGCUUUCUUAUGUAAUCGAUGAGAGAGAGUGUGUAUAUGCGCAAAAAUAUAUCACCUAUUUAAGGAAUGUUUUAAAUCUUAUAAUGAAUGUGGUGUGUCAAAAUCAAAACUGCCACAUGCAAUAUUCAGCAUAGGCCUGUUUGUGUGAUCAACGCAUAUAUGGAUGUUUAAUUAAACGGCACACGGCUUCCUGUGACACGAUGAAUUGGGUGCUUGAAACCGGUGAAUGUACCAUGUUUUUCACCAUGGUGACGAGAUUCUGGCAUCGCAUUUCAAUCUCAAGCAUUGGUUUUUCUUUCAUGGAUCCUUUUGCAGAUAAUCAUGUGAUUGUUUCAACGAGUAAAUAUGGUGUAAAAUAACAUUUCCUCAACUCUCUGAGCUGUGUGAAGUCGAAAAGAACAUAUCUUACAGUGUUACAGUGAGUUUAAAGGGCAGAUAGGAAAUACAAGAGGAAUAUAAGUUUAAAAAAAAGUCUGUUUAUGAACUUUGUAAAGUCACUUGGGUGAAUAUCGCAAGAAAAUGUGUCCAUGCCACUCCAAAGUCAAACAAAAAAAGAAUUUUUAGGACCAUUAAAUUUUUUUCGUGAUAAUUACGCUUUAUCCAAAUGCAUCCAUUUAUUUUGCAAUUCCCAUUAUUAGUAACACAAUAACUUUCUUAUUGAAAUUGGCAUUAUUUAAAAUACAAAAAACACUACUAUGAUGUAUAAAUAAAAAAAAGGUAUUUUAGGUAAAGAUAUUGAAGUGCAUUUUAGGACCACUAUUUAUAUUAUUUAAUGCCGCUUUGGGUUUGAGAAAAGCGCAAUCCAAAUAAAAAAUUUUUUUUUUUAUUAUUAUUAUUAUUUAAUUGUCCUAAAAAAGCUUGAAUAUCUUUACCUUUUGACAUUGUGACAUUCAUGACAAUUAAGCACACGUUUUAUAUCCCAUUGCUGUAAUGAAAAUCUUCGACUAAAAUAUGUUUUGUGUUGAUUUUGGUGUGAAAUCAUGAUCUGGAUGCGUUUUGUGAAAUUCACUCAAUUCGUGAACCGCCAGUGUUGAUUUCACUGCUGAAAUCUGCUGUUGUACCUAUAAUAUGGUCCACCUUAUCGAUACAGCGCUGUAUAUCCAGAGAGCAUGAUGCUGAACAGUCUUGUGCGAUUUUAGGUGAAUAUAAAGUCGGAAAGCCAUUCUCUGCUCAGGUGUCAUUUGAAUAUAAAGUAACUGUUGCAAUGCAUUCUUCUACCAGCAGAGAGCGCUGUCUUCAGCCAUACAUACGAACCCAGAAGGAGAGUGGAGAGAUCCACCGAUGCGUUGCUGGCUUUGUGUUUGACUCUGGGUGUUUGUAUGCAUAUUUAUGUCAUUUUGUUUACUUUUCAUGUUUAAUGUCCAGUGUGUGUCGAUAUACUGCUCUGUAUGCACAUACAAACACACACAUCACGUCUGACUGACUGCUGAGCGUCUGUCGUGUCCUGCUAUGAUCAAAUCAAUCGUCUUUGAUCAAUAUGAUUAUCAUUUGAAACUAUAUUUUUAAUUAAGCAGCACCUGAAUGUACAUAAACGGCAUGAACUACUUCUGGUCUCAUUUGCAUCUUGUGUCUUGUUCUGAGGUGAAUAUAUGCACCGUUUUGUCAUUUGAUGACUCUUGGUGGAGGAUUGCUGCUUGUUUAAGGUCGUUAUUAAUGUAAAUGAGGACAAAACUGAUGUUGUUAUCGACUGAAAGUGAAGGAAACACUGAAUUGUUUUGUUAUUUUUUAUUAUUUCUUUCAAGUUUCUUUAUUCUUUCACUUUGUUCCUGGUCUUUCAUAUGUGGUUCGCUUGUAUAAAGUUCUGUAAGGACCGUGUUUGUACAGCCUCUCUUUAUGAUGGCCUAGAAUACAGAAAUAAAUAACAAACUAAUGAAACACACCAAACUUCCCAUGUGAGCUUCUUGAUUGAUUUAGCCUAGAUUCAUUUUUUUUUUUUUUUUUUUUUUUUUAAUUGCUUGUUUGAUUAUUGAUGCUUUACUUUAUUUCCACAUUUGGUGGAUUAUACUAAAACAUGUUUUUGAGAUGUCAGCUUUUGUAAAGGAGAUUUUAAAGGUAAUUUUCAUGGUGUUUAGUUAAUGCACUAAUGCCACAGACUACAUAAUGUAGAAUUGUUGUAUACAGUUUUUGCAUGUAAAGAUAUAAAAAAUUAACAAAUAUAACACCCGUAUGCAUGCAGUAAUCAUUACACAAUCAGUGUUUGACAUUAAUUUAAACAUCAAAAGCAAUCUGUUGCUGCAUAUAACACCUUUUUUUCUUUUUUCUUUUUCAAACAUCCGAUCUUAAAAUAAGCAUGGUCAAAAGCCACUACGUAGCUGUGUGGGCCAAGUUGAGUCAUUCUGAAACUUAUGGUCGGAAUAAACUCACAGCAUGAAGACCUACAGACUGUAUGUAUGCAAAACAGCUUUCAGUAAAUCAUCUUUAAAGUCAUUAUCUACGGUCUAAUCUCUGGUACUUCAUUAUUAGUCCUAAUAGCACAUUUUAGUCUUUUUUUUUUUUUUUUUUACUUUUUACUUUUUAUUGUAGAAUCACAAUCAUGAAUGCUGUGCAGCUCUUCAUUCUGCUUUGUACCUUUACUGCUGUCUGUCAAGCUGAUGAUGAUGAUGGUAAGAAACUGUGAGAUUUUGUGAGAACUGUGUGAGAGGACAAAAUAUAAGAUAAUGUAAAGCAUUGCACAACAGUAAGGGAAAUGCAUUAUGGUCAGGGAGUAAUACAUGUAAUGUGUUUAUACAAUCAAGCUCUUCUUUGUCAUAAAACAAUUAGUUUUAUUAGUUUUAGAAAAGUUGACCGUUGCAUGUGCAGUCAAGACUGCUGGAUCUUGUGUUUUUCAGCUGUGUAGGAUUUCAGUAAUAUAAACAUUCACAUGUUAGUUUUUCAAAGAAAGUGAUUGUUUUAUUUCUCCUAUCUUUUUAAAUAACUGGUAACAAUCUCAGACAGAUUUGCUAAUAAUUUGUCAAGUCAUCUUGGGUAAAUGGAAAACCUACUUAAGGAGGUUGCUCCACAUUAUUAAGCGAGUCACAUGCAGUUCUCAUAUGGGGAGGAAGAAAGAUCUCUCUGAAGGUGAAAUGCAUGAAACAAUGCAAAACAUCUUGCAAAAGGCAAGAAAACAACUAAUAUUUUGUGAAAACUGAAAAGAGGUUAUUGAACUGUCAAAAGAGUUUGAAUGAUUUUAGAGCACAGUAUAGAACUCAGUCAGGUAAAGCAUAUUAAAAAGUUUCUGCCAAACAAAUUAUUUGCAUUAAAAGGGCAUCUAAAAAUAAAAA